AUGCAAAGAAGCACCUCCUCUUCAAACAACAAGGCUUUGGAAGAUCAUCCACAUUUGAUGGAUGCACCUGUAUUAUCGGCAAGCCCAAUAAGGAGCUCAAAGAACACUCCUCUCAGCUCCAAUAAUUUAGGUGGAGUAAAUUUGCAAAUGAAUUCAUCACGGAAUACGUUCGUAACCCCUUCAUCUAUUUUAAGGGAUGUUUCUUCCUUAAACAUUAACACCUCUCUUACCAUUGAACUGAAUCAACACGAUUUAGUGUUUAAACAAAUGGAAAGGCAGAGAUCGGAAUUGUACCAACGAAUGCAAGAUAGAAUCCAACGAGCAAAGCAGCUUGGACAUAUUUGCAAAGAUCAAAUUGGAUAUUUGAAGACCAAAAUCAUGGAUCUUGAAGAGAAAAUUAAUGAAGCCAACAACGAGCACUUCAAUAAGCAUAUACUUCAGAUAGAUCCCAAGACGGCUCUCUCUACGCUGUCUGAAGUACUGUCGGAUGAAACUGAUAGUGUGGAAGAAGAUGCUCGAGAAGAUACAGAGAGCCUUCAACUGGCUAACCAACUGUUGUUGGAUCAGGUGCACCAAUCUCAUUCUCAUGCCUCUAAGGGAAGCAAUGUUCUUUCAGUGUCGGCCCAAUUCAAAGAUAACGACGAUAAGGAGUAUGAAGCCAGUGUAUCAUCACCAUUCGCUAAACGCUCCCCCAAUAAUUUGAUGAGCAUGUAUCACAUGGAAUCUCCCAUAAGAAUUAGUCCCUUGCGGUCCGGAGAGAACAACAUGUAA